AUGCUGGAAAAACUAAGAAAGAAAUUAAUUAUAUCUAUCUAUCUAUCUAUCUAUCUAUCUAUCUAUCUAUCUAUCUCCCUCUCCCCCCUCCCCCUCUCUCUCUCCCUCUCUGACGAUCCGCUUACACUUACCGUUUUCUUUUUCUUUUCUGAUAUUCAGUUAGUCGCUUCUUCCUUUCUUGGAUUUUGUGUUUUGGAUAACUUUAAUAUAAGAGAUUUUUUUUUCUUUCGCAUAUUCUCUAUUUGUUCAUAUUUUUUUUAUCUUUUCUUUCUUUCUAUUCUCCUUCUCCUUCUUCUUCUUCUUUUCACAUGCUGCUUUUUCUACACAAUCUACUUUUAUAUCCACCCAGUUUUCUUUUCUUUCUUUUUCUUCUCUUCGUGUUCUUCGUCGUCUUUCCCCAUACUAUUUCAUAUUAUUUUCACAAUCUUCUUCUUCUUCUUCUUCUUCUUCUUCUUCUUCUUCUUCUUCUUCUUCUUCACGUUAUUUUCUUUUUUUCAUCUUAACAUUACCUUCGUUUAUUCUAUCACCAUUAUCUUUUUUCUUCCCACAAUAUUCUUCUCUUUUUUUCCUUUAACUUCAUUUUCUUCUAACCAUUUUUUUUUUUACUAUUUCUCUCCUUUUCGUUUUCAUUUCUGCGCCAUUCUCUGCAUCUGUUUUUUUUCUUUUUUAUUUUAUUACUCUUUUCAUUUUUCAUUUUUCAUCUACUUCAUUUGCUUUUCUCUCAUCCUUUCCUCUUUGCCCCUAUUUUUGUCGUUUUCACUUUCUUUAUGUUCUAUUUCUCUCUUCUAUUUUGUUCUAUCUUUGUCUUCUUUUCUUUUUCAUUGUUUUCUUAUUUUUCUUUCUUUUUUGUCGUCGUUUUCUCCCUUUGUCUCUUUUUCUCCGUCUUUUUUCUCUCAUUUUCUUCUUCUUGCAUGUCUUCAAUUUCUGUUUCCAUUUUCUUUGUCUUUUUUUUCAAUCUUUGUUUUACUUUUCUCUUUGAUUUCUUUUCCCUCUAUCUUCUUUUUUUCUCUCUUCGUUUUGGUUUUCACUUGUUGA